AAAAACGUGACUGCGGCUCAUUGUCUUCAAAUUUGUAAGGAGUUUUGUGUCGCAAUUUCACUUACUAUAUAUAACGUUGGCAAUACGCAUUUUGUGUGAAAAUGCAUGUAUCUGACAUGAAGCUGAAAAGCCUUUUCUGCAGCUCAGACGCACGCAUUCACACCAUAGCGCCACUGGCAUGCGGGAGCUAAGUUAAAUAGUCACGAUCUCCUAUUUAUAUAUACCCGUGUGCACCCAGCGGUAAAGAACCCACUCCGGCAGAGUUUAUUUACUCAGAAGUAUUGCACAAAUGCAUGGAUGUGCUUGAAUCUACAAGCAGAGAAAACAAACAGCGGCGAUGAACUCCAUUAACAUACUAAUGCAUAACCUACGAAGGUUAUGCUCAACUGCGAGAAUUCAUAGACUGAAAAGCAUUCCGAAGAGCGUAGUUCUGCCAGCGUUCGAUAGCGGAAAUUACAUCACCGCAAGAAUACGCCACAAAAGCGUUGGAAUCUAACUGUCAUUAAUCCCUUGUUAAAACUUGUAUUGAUAAAUCCUCUAUUUUGGCCGAUGGUGGAAUGGGACGCUUCGUUCCUGAAGUGGCUGAAUGGGCUGAAUUCUUAUUGCCCACACCACGGACACUCCUACACUUUUCUGCAGUCCAGUUGUGGAGUGGCUGGCUGUCUCAGUCGUCAUGGCAACCUGCUCGGUUCAACAAAGAGAGAAGCGCAGAAAUGGGCGAGAGGAAGGAGCUGUUCCCACAGUCGGCUUUUCAGAAAUCACUGGUCUCCAGUGGCGGACGGGGCGAAGAGCGCGCUAAAUUCAAAGUCGCGUUGGCUUCAAGAAGUUGAACAAACUAUAGCAGGGUUGCUGUGGCAUGUGCCUAUCAAAUGAACCAAAAUUCCCUCAUGGACAAAACAGUUCUUCUGUGGCUAAUAUCAGAUUAUUUACUUAAGGUGCUGAGCCUGUCUUGCUCCAGAGAGCGGGGGUCUGUGGAGGUGCAGGUGGAAUUUGGCCGUUUCCCUCAUGCACAGGAAGCAGAGCUCUACUCACUGACCUGUUCAAGCACAGGAAGUCAAACCCUCUGGCUAAAUGCUACUGACAGUUCUGGAUGUGUUCCGGAUUGCAGAGUGGUCCUCCACGAACCUCUGGAGGCUGAAAUGUAUAAUGUUGAUAUAAAAGCCAUCAAAAACAAUGUCAUUCUGGAAACAAAGUCCUUUCGAGUAGACCCGAAGCCCAGUUCCUCCCUCAGUGUUGGGGCGAUGGUGUCGAGUGCGUAUUUCAGCUGGGGGAGCGGGGCGGGGGAGCCCAGCACCAGCUCUCUGAGGCUCAGGGGUCGUGUGUGGGACGUGCCUCCUGAUCGAACCUCAUACCGCGUGACGGGCCUGCAGCCCGCCUCUCUCCACAACUUCACUGUGGAGUUUAAGACUGGAGUCCGAAGCCUCAAUGUCACGCUCACACGCAGGCUGAGCGUGCUGCUCCAGACAGCUCUCUGCCCGGUGGGCUGGGUGCCCUCAGAGAGCAGCUGCUGGAGAGCCUGGAGGCGGGGCCGGCCAUGGGUGGAGGCGGGGCUAGCCUGCAACGCUUCGGGGUCACACCUGGCCGACAUAGAGACAGAGGAGGACUUCCUGUUUAUCUCCUCUUACCUGAGUACGCUCAACAACAUGAUGCUGGUGUGGACAGGUCUCAAUGACCUGCAGCAGGAAGGACAGCUGCAGUGGUCCAAUGGAGCUGCCUAUAGCUUGAGCAGCACUGUGACAUCAUCACUGCCAGCCAAUCAGACAGACUGCUUUGCCCUGCACAUGAACGCCACGAGUCCCAGUUACUUUUUCACCGGGUUCUUCUGCUAUAUGCCCCUGCCAUACAUGUGCCAGUACACAUUCCCCCCUGCCCCACCGCACUUCGCCUUAGUGCUUGAGAGGGUGUGGGAGACGGAGGCACUGAUUGGCUGGAGUGAUGUGGAAGACUGGAGGCAGGCAGGGGGCGCUCUGGAGCUGUUCCUCCAGUAUCAGGAGGAUGCGUUCGUAGACCAGCCCCAUCGCAGGACAGUGCUGUCUAACAGCCGGAGUGCGGCUGUGCGGGACCUGUCUCCGGGACGAGUCUACCUGUUCUCCCUCAGAGCCAAGCACUUGAGUGGAGCGGUCCAGACCCUGGGCUCUGUGCUCCGGGUCCUCACAAUCCCAGCCGUACCUGAAGACCUGACCCUCAUCCAGCACAAUGAAGACUCCAUGCUUCUCACCUGGAGACCCCCCCAGGGACAGGUAGAGGGAUACCAGUUGAGCUACGGAGCUUCAGCUGCGCAGAUAACCCAGCGCAAACUCAGCACCACCGACUGCAGCGUCCGCUUAGAGCAGCUGACCCCCGGAGCAGAGUACCAGCUCACUCUGCAGUCCUUCAGAGGAACAGAGACCAGCGAGCCGGUCUCCACCCGCAUCCUCAUCCCUCCCGCCCGUGUCUGCUUCCUGUCUCUGACACACGUUAACUCCUCGUCCGUUGGCUUGGCGUGGGAGCCAGCACUUGGCCUGUUUGAUCAGUACCGGCUGACUGUGGCCAACGGCUCCACAGUGCAGGAGCUGCUCCUGCCCAGAGAGAGCCUGUCCCACACCGUGUCCAGCCUGCAGGACGGCUGCACGUACAACCUGACCAUGUACCGCGUCCGGAGCACAGUCACAGGGGCCACUGCAGUCCGCACCGUGACCACAGUACCUGCCAGGCCUCAGGGUCUGCGCGUCUCUAGCGUUUCCUCUCAUGGCUUCUCUCUGCGUUGGGACGGCCCGUCGGGCUGCGUGGACCGGUACCAUGUGCACCUGAACCCCGCCCACGGCCUGGUCACCGUGCGCCGCGCGGAGAACGGAGAGAUACAGGCAGUUGUUUUGGCGGUAACCCCAGGGAUAUCAUAUAGCACCACGGUCACCGCGGUUGCCGCGUCGGUGUUCAGCUCCCCGGUCAGCCGGACCGUCACCACAAACGAGUCCACACCGGAGUCCCCAACCAGCCUGAUCGGGGAGAGAGUGGGCUCUACGGGCAUCCUGCUGUCCUGGACCGCACCCAUCAAAAGCAACGGCAAGAUCCGCGACUACGCAAUCAAGUACAAAGAGGUGUGUCCUUACCCAGAAUCCUCCUUCAACCAGAUCGUUACGCCCUCGGAGAUCCCCGAGUAUCUGCUCAACACCCUCACCCCAGGCUCCACCUACAACAUCAAGGUGGCUGCGAAAAACGGUGCUGGAUUUGGGCUCUUCAGCAAGUCCCUGUUCUUCAAAACCGCUGAGGCGCCCCCUGGCCUGGUCACCAACCUCACAGCCUUCGCUGCCAAUCACUCCGUGGUGAAGGUCACAUGGUUCCUCCCCAAACUCAUCAAUGGCCUCAUCACCAAGUUCUCCGUCAAGGCCAAGUACGCACGCACCGGCGUGACGGUCCGGAAGCUGGAGGUCAACGCCGAGGACAUCAUGAAUGGAGCACUGCCGCACUGCAACGAUGCUGCAGAGAUCCUCUCUCGGGGGACCCCCAGCCCCUCAGAGAUGUCCAUGCAGACGUCGGCCUCCUCUCCCCCGGUCACGCUGUCGGCAGUCCCCCCCGCUGCCUCCUGGAACAUCCCCAUCAGUGCAGUGGUGGACCAGCUGCGCUCCUACACCGCCUACGUCUUCGAGGUCUCCGCCUUCACCAGCGACGGCGAGGGCCAGAUCGCCAGCUACAUGGUCCGCAUGCCGGAGUCAGCUCCUGAGGAUCCACCACAAAACCUGUCUGCAUGGAACAUCACCUCCAAAUCCUUCUCCCUGUCCUGGGACCCCCCCACCAUCGUCACAGGACGUUUCAGCUACGUCAUCGAGCUGCACGGACCCACCGGUUACUUGUAUGAAAACAGCACCACUGAUCUGAAACUGGUGUACUCUGGUCUGAACCCAUACACGCACUACCGGGUUCUGGCUCGAGCCAAGUCUGCUGGGGCCUUAGGCCCGGAAGCAGAGGCCGUCAUGCUCACUCCUGCUGAAGCUCCCAGUGCAGUCACAGAGCUGGUUGCCAGAGCUGUAGAUGCCACCUCAGUGCAGGUGUCCUGGAGAAGCCCCAGUCAGCCCAACGGCCUCAUCACCCAGUACAAGCUCCUGGUGCUGGUCAAGGGCGCGGUGAUUCGGAACAUCACCCUCAUCGAACAGAAGGAAGGUCUGAACCAGACGCACUCUGAUGAUGACGGUGUGUUGAAUCGCCGCGUUCGAGACGCUACCGCCCUCCUGCUGCACCGUUACCAAAGAGCUGCCCUGUUCCCCACCUCUGCGCCCCCACCUGUGGUCACCUCUGCCUACUUCCUGUUUGCCUCCCGCAUCGCUAACCAGCCUGGCACGGCAACAGAACGCUCCGCCCACCCCACCGCUGCUUCCCCCUUCACCUCUGCCCUCUUGCCAAGCCCCGCCCCUGAAAGCACAUCCCUCCCCUGGCUGACUGACUCCGCCCCCCCGACGCCUCACACUACUCUCGAUCUCCAGACUCCGGGCUCCGCCGCCCUCACCCUCCCCUCUGACCCCUCCCCCACUGGUGGAGACAAAGACCCACCCCCUCUCAGCUCCAGCCCCGCCCAGCCACGCCUCUCCACCCGUGCAGCUGUCACUGCUGAUGUCACAACCUCCACAGCGAUGGUGUCCAGCACACAGGUGAUCGACUUCUCUGCAGAUCGCAUCUCGUACGUGGUGACCAAUCUCAGCCCCUUCACCGAGUACACCUUCAGUGUGUCAGCUUUCACCACUGUGGGGGAGGGCCCUCUGGUCCAGACCAAGGCGAAAACCAGAGAGCAAGUGCCAAGCUCAGUGCAGAGUGUCUCCUACCUGAACAUAAGCUCCUCCUCCAUCCUGCUGUCAUGGGAACCGCCACUGAAUCCCAACGGCAAGAUCACACACUACACUGCCUAUGUGCUGGACCUUGACACCAAGGAGGCCUUCCAAAGAGUGACCAACAGCACCAGCAUAAUCCUCUUAGGACUGAAGAAGUACAGCAGCUACAAGCUGCGUGUGGCGGCCUCCACAGCCGUGGGCGAGAGCGCUCUCUCUGAGGCAGACGACGUCUUCGCCGUCACGCUGGAGGACGAGCCGGACUCUCCCCCCGUGAACCUGUCUGUGUACAACGUCAGCACCUCCUCUGCCACAGUCACAUGGUCUCCUCCAGUCCUGGCCAACGGCGUCAUCCGGUUCUACCAGAUUCUGUACCAGAAUUCCACCAUGAGCCUGGUGGUCAACUCCACGUCCCCCAGCGUCUCUCUGGAGGGUUUGAAACCGUUCUCCUUCUACAACGUGACCGUGCGAGCGUUCACCAAGUACGGUCACGGGAACCAGUCGUCUGAGGUUCUCGAUCUGCUGAGCGGGGAGGACGUCCCAGGGAGCCCCCCCUUUGACCUGAUGUACGAGAGUCUGAGCUCCAGUGAGGUGAACGUGUCCUGGCAGGCCCCGCUGGUGCCCAAUGGCGCCAUCUUGUUUUACAGCGUGGAGUACUGGAACUCCACCCACGCCCUGAACACCACCACGCCCACCACCUACGUCCGGCUCUCCAACCUGCGCAAGUACGCCCGCUACCGCGCCUCCGUGAGGGCCUCCACCCGGCUGGGCAGCGGCAACCACACCAGCGACAUCCUCAACAUCACCACGCUGGAGGACGUGCCUGAGGGGCCCAUCCACAACCUGACGGCGCAGAACUUCACCUCCACUGCCCUCAUUGUGAGCUGGGAUCCGCCCCUGGCCCCCAACGGCAGGGUGUUCUACCACCUCAGCCUGGAGGAGGAGCACAAGACUCUGCUCAGCUCCAACCAGACCAUCCGGAAGACCACCAACGACCUGGUCUUCCUCUUCACCAAGCUGCGCAAGUACACUGACUACAUCCUGAAGGUCACCCCCGCGACCUCUGCUGGCUCCUCUGAGAAUAGCACCAGCGUGUUGUACCUGCGGACUGAGGAUGACGUGCCCAGCUCUCCUCCGCUCUUUAGCUCUAGCAGAAACGUCUCUUCCUCCUCCAUCCACCUGUCCUGGCUCCCUCCUCUGGAGCCCAAUGGGGUCCUGACUGAGUACAGCCUGGUGCUGCAGGGGCCCGGGGGGGCCAACACCACCCUCACCCCCGACACCAGCCUGACUCUCACCGGCCUGCUCCCCUUCUCCCCCUACAACGUCUCCAUCGCCGCCGGCAACCGCCGGGGCCUCGGCCCCUCCCUCAUCCUGCUGCUGCACACUGAUGAAGCAGGCCCCGCCUCUCCGCCCAGGAACCUGACUGUGUAUAACCACACUGCUGCCUCAGUGUGGCUGACCUGGGAGGCCAGCCUGGAGCCCAACGGCCUGGUUAAGUUCUAUGGAUUCAGGAUCCUGGAGCUGCGCAGGCAGACCCUCACCUUCCAGAACUCCUCGGGACCCUCCACCUGGGCCCAGCUCACUGGCUUCCGGCCCCACAGCGUGUACCAGAUCAGCGUCUGCACCUUCACCAGGGCGGGGAAUGGGGACCAGUACAGCGACUCUGUCACCUUUACAACCAACCAAUCAGUGUCCGAGGCAGUUAGGAAUCUGUCGUGCAGUGGGUGGAGCUGGGACUCGGUGUUUCUGGAAUGGGAGGCUCCCGCCCAGUCUAACGGCGAGCUGACCCACUACCUGAUCCGGUAUGGAGAGGAAGAGGAGGAGCUCGGACCGCACACUCUGUGGCACACACUCAGCGGACUGCAGCCCCACACACACUACACCUUCCUGGUGAUGGCCGUCAACUCUGCUGGGCCAGGGGACAGGCUGUCCUGCAAUGCCAGCACACCGCCGGAAUCCGUACCAGGUCCUCCGGGCUACUUUAACGUGACCCAGGUGCAGCCCACCAGCGUGAGCCUGAGCUGGGACCCCCCGGAGAGCGUCCCGGGCCAGCUGCAGGGGUACCGAAUCCGGGUGCAGCUCCUGUCAUUGCGCUGUGGGGCCUGGGGGCUCCCGGCCUGUGUGGAGAUGGAGGUGCUGGUGUACGCCAACACGUCCACGGAGACAGAGAUCACCCUGGAGCCUCUGCGCAAAUACCGCCAAUACCGCUUCAGCAUUUCGGCUCGCACCAACGCUGGGUACGGCAACGCCUCCCGCUGGGUCACCACCCGCACCCUGCCUGGCGAUCCUGAUGACCCUCCUCGCUCCGUCUCGGUGAUGACCUCAUCCAGCGGGAUGAAGAUUGAGUGGGAGGAGCCUGAGCAGCUUGCAGGCCCCACCUCUUAUCUCAUCUACAUUGUCUCUGUGGAUGGUCCAGACUUUAACCAGACCCUGGUGACAGCCCCUGAGGAGAAGCGGGUGGUGGUGAUGUCCAACCUCACUGCCUACACCCUGUACCAGGUGACCGUGGUCGCCUUCCGAGGCCCUGAGGACACAGCCUGGCAGAGAGGCAAGGCCAGCGAACCUGUGUUCAUCAGAACCCUGGAGGAACAACCGAGAGACCCCCCCAAAAACGUGACCCUGCAGGUGAUUCCUGAGGAGGUGACGAGGGUGUACGUAACCUUCUCCCCCCCCACCAAACCCAACGGGAACAUCAGCGGCUACCAAGUGAGGAUCUACAGAGACGACCAGCUGGACUUCCAGAUCCACAACCUGCCCAUCGUGCACACCCAGAACCAGACCAUGACCGGCAUCAUUAAGGGCCUGAAAGGGGGCUAUAACUACAGAAUACUGAUUUCUGCUGUAAAUGGAGCUGGAUCUGGCCCCAGUUCAGAGGUUCACAUCACCACGGGAAUUAAAGCACCCCCAAAGCCCACGCAAACGCCGGAGGCCGCCACAGACAAGCAUGGAGUCGUCAUGGCAACCUCCAGAACCAUCACCAUCCUGAUGCCCAUGUGCUUCUUCUCCGAUGCCAACGGACCCAUCCAGAAGGUGCAGGUGAUCGUGGCAGAGGAAUGGGUCAUGGAUGACGGGAACUUGACCAACUGGAAAAACGCCUUCAACCACAGACCAGCACCCUAUUUCACAGACGAGGGUUUCCCCAAUCCUGUGUGCUUUGAGAGCGGGGCGCGCAGAGUUCCUAACGUGGACACGUACGUCAUCGGAGAGGACGACAGCUGCAUGGCACAGGAGAAGGACGGCGCGCUGUGCAACGGGCCCCUGAAGCCCAGAACACACUACGUAUUCAAAUUUCGAGCCGUAAACGUCCAGGGUCAGUACACGGAUUCGGACUUCUCAGAGCGCAUCAGAACAUCAGACAGCCGGAAUUUGACUCGGGAUGAGGAGAUUAUCCUGGGUGUGCUGCUGUCCUUCUUCCUCGCUGUGCUGCUCAUCCUGAUCAUCUACGCAUCUGUAAGGAUCCAUCAGAAGCAGAAGGAAGGAGGCACCUACUCUCCUCGAGAGGCUGAGAUCAUCGAAACCAAGUUCAAGCUGGACCAGCUGAUCGCCGUGGCCGACCUGGAGCUCAAAGAGGAGAAGCUGAACCGGUACUCCUCCUUUUUCUUUAGACGGAAGGAAAUAUUUGUCAUCCAGCUUCUCAGUUAUAGAAAAUCUCUCAAGCCUGUUAAUAAGAAGUCGUUUCUGCAGCACGUGGAGGACCUGUGUGCCAACGACAACAUCAAGUUCCAGGAGGAAUUCUCUGAACUUCCCAAGCUGCUGCACGACCUGGCCACCUCAGACGCCGACCUGCCCUGGAACCGUUCGAAGAACCGCUUCACCAACAUCAAGCCCUACAACAACAACAGAGUGAAGCUGCUGUCGGAACCUGGGGUCCCUGGAUCGGACUACAUAAACGCCAGCUUUGUCUCGGGGUACCUUUGCCCAAAUGAGUUCAUCGCCACCCAGGGCCCGCUGCCAGGUACGGUGGCGGACUUCUGGCGGAUGAUCUGGGAAACGCGCUCGCGCACCAUCGCCAUGCUCACACAGUGCUUCGAGAAAGGCAGGAUUCGAUGUCACCAGUACUGGCCCGAGGACAACAAACCAGUGACCGUGUUUGGAGAUAUCGUCAUCACCAAGCUGAGCGAGGAUGUGUUUCCUGAUUGGACCGUUCGGGUCCUCAAAGUGGAGAGGCAUGGCGACUACAUGGUAGUGAACCACUUUAACUUCACAUCCUGGCCGGAGCACGGGGUCCCGGAGUCCAGCACCACCCUCAUCCAGUUCGUCAGGACCAUCCGAGCCCACAGGGGACAUGACAACACCACCAUGGUGGUGCACUGCAGUGCGGGUGUGGGCCGGACGGGCGUGUUCAUUGCACUGGACCACCUCGUCCAGCACGUGAGCGACCAUGACUUUGUGGACAUUUACGGCCUGGUGGCAGAGCUUCGAAGCGAGAGGAUGUGCAUGGUGCAGAACCUGGCGCAGUACAUGUUCCUGCACCAGAGCACUCUGGACCUGCUGAACAGCAAGGGCAACAGCCAGUCUGUGUGGUUCGUCAGCUACUCCGCUCUGGAGAAGAUGGACUCCCUGGAUGCCAUGGAAGGCGAUGUUGAGCUUGAAUGGGAGGAAACGACCAUGUGAGACUGUUUCUGUUUGCUUCAGUUUCUCUGGCUGAACUGGACAGACUGUUUCUGUUUGCUUCAAUUUCUCUGGCUGAACUGGACAGACUGUUUCUGUUUGCUUCAGUUUCUCUGGCUGAACUGGACAGACUCUGUUUCUGUUUGCUUCAGUUUCUCUGGCUGAACUGGACAGACUCUGUUUCUGUUCGCUGGACAGAUUCUAUGCACCUGGACUUUGGGGCCAAAAAGACUGUAAAUAUGAUUUUAUUAAAAAGCUUGCUUAUGGUACUCUGCCCUGUCAACGCUGCAAACAAAAAAUAAACUGUUUUGUACAUAA